UGAUUUUUAAAAAAAUGCUUUUGAAAAUUAUUAUUUUAAUUUAUGGAUUGAUUAUUAUACUAAUUUAUCGAGAAGGAAAUACUUUGAAUUAUUUAUCACAGGAAUGUGGCAGUAAAUCAGAAUGGGGCCCAUGGCGUUGUCCUGGUAUAGGAACAAAAUGUACUGCUAACAUUGCAACACGUUAUAAAUGCAUCGGUGGAAAUUGUACAAGUGCUAGUCUAUGUGCUAAACUUGAAAAUCAUACUCAAUCAGAUUCCUGCGUAAAAGUUCUUCAACGUGGUGAAUGUGAACCUUGGUGGACCAAUUGGUCAUCGUGGUCUAAAUGUACAACAACUUGUGGAUUCCAUGAAAAACAUCGUUCCCGGUUUUCUACAGGAGCUUUUAAUUGUAAUAGUUACAAAUUUAAGGUAAAAGAUUCAAUUUUAAAAUCUUGUGCAUCUAUCGAAAGAAUACACGAAGUUGAAAAAGUCUCUUGUCCUGUAAGUCGCCUAUGUUCAGCUAUUAAUGGUGGUUGGAGUCAAUGGAGUGAAUUCACUGAAUGUUCUGUUACAUGUGGCACAGGAAAACGUGUUCGACGUCGUCACUGUGAUCAUCCUAGACCACAAGAAGGUGGAUUAUACUGCAUAGGAACUGACCACCAAGAGGUAUUCUGUGAAGGUUAUUUACCGUGCCCACGAAAAGGACAGUGGUGCUCUUGGUCACCAAUCAUUCAACAUUGCACACGUAAUUGUGGACCACGUGGGAUGGGAUUAAGAUUACGCCAGUGUGCUUGCCCGAAGCCGUCGCAAGAUGGUGAAGACUGUGAAAUACCACCAGAAACAGCAGAAAUGGCAGUUAAUCUAUUAGUUAAUAACAGUACUGACGCUCCAACGGGAACUGCACUUGAAGCAAUACUUAAAGGUGAAGGAUUAUGGGAACCAUGCAACCGUCAUCAUUGUUCAUAUUUAAAAACAUUAAAUACUGAAGAAGAUUUAUUAUUGUUGGAGGAUUUAAAUCUUCAAAGAGCAGAAGAUGCCUGGAUAUCAUCAGGUGGUCUACCACAGAGAAUUCAUGGUCCCUUAAAACUUUUCUGUCCAUCAUCACGUAAUUCUCGUAAGAAAAUAUUCGAUAAAUCUGAACGCUUUCCAAAAUCCAAGUUUUACUGGACUCGUUCAAUUCCCACUUCUUCAAAAGAACCCUAUUAUAUUCCGGGAAUACCAAUAGUGAAUUCAAAUCUAUUUAUCGUUGAAAAUGAUCACUUGACUAUUCAUAGUUUAGACCCAUCGACUAUGGGAAUUUAUCGAUUUGGUUACGAGUAUGAACCUGGCUAUUUUGAAACAGUUUGCUUUUUUCCUGUUUAUAUUCAUCAAUGGCAACAAGUAUGUAGUUAUAAUGCGACCAAUUUGAAGCUCGAAAGUAACUGAAUUCAAAGUAUUAUCUCAUGGAGAAACAUUUGACUUAGUUUGUAAUUCAUUGGGAUUGUGGCCUAUUAUAAGUAAAUCUACCACAACAAAAUGGUUCAUUUAUUGGAACGUAACUUUAUUGGAAAAAGAAGAGCAGAAUGAUAUAAAAAAGCAUAAAUUAUGGUGGUAUACAGAACUGAAAAAUUCUCAUAUAGAUAAACAUGAAGGAAAUAAUUCAUUUGACAAUCAAACUGAUAAUCCAUCAAUUUUUGGAACACAAUUCACAUUAUGGGAUACAGAAUAUAAGAGACUGUAUGAUACUGUGAAAAAAAUGACAGGAUAUUAUGAAUGUCAUAUAUUUAAUCAACUUAAUUCCACAUAUAAUCGAACAUUUAUCACGCAAUCAAUUCAUCUUAUAAUAAAACCACCUCCAAAUAUAUGGACCUUAGUGAAAGGCUGGUGUUUACAGCAUCAAAUAAACUUAAUAAUAUUAUUUUUGAUAAGUAUAAUAACAAGUCUUUCAUAUGCAACUUAUAAAUGGACAAUAGCAAAGAAAUUAUCAAAACUAGAAAUUCAAAUGAAUGAAACAAGAAAGCAUAGACAAAGUACCAAUUUCGAUGAUAUUUACAUUAUCAACUAGUUUCGACUAUUUGGUAACAAACAUGCUUUAAUGCAAUCGAAAUGAAUUCAGUUUGACUGAGUUUGUAUGAAAGUAACAGUUCAAGAGCAAUUAUAUUGUAUAAAUAACGUAACAACAGGAGAGCUAAAUAAACUAUUAUCAUGAAAGGUAAUAUUAAAAUGUAGAAAUGCGUUAAUACAUUAAUUGCUUAUAUAGAAAAUGUAAUUUUAUUUACAAAAAUAUGCUUGAAAAU